UCAAACUUUAAUCUCAUACUAAAUGAGUUUAAGUCUGAUACUACUUAGUGCAUGUUUGGUAAAGCUUCUUCACGCCUCAAACCCACGUUUUCUUCUCCAAACGCGAGUUCGGCGGUUCCUAUGAUGUUUGGAUGAAUUCAAACGCGAUUCUGUAGAUUGUACGGCAAGUGCUCAAACGCGGUUUGGGAUGACGCUACAAAUCUGAGCUUCUGCGGCAGAUCAAAAUCACUUUUCAACCUUUAAUUUCUCAAGAUUUUGUGGUUAAUCUCAUUACUCAUGGUAGAUGUGUUGGUUGGGUGAAUUUAUUCAUUCAUCUUUCCCCUAUAUAUGAUGCUUAUGAGCUACUUGUGAGAAUCAUUUCAUUGUUCUGCCAAGGCCUAAAGGCAAGUGUGUACUAGUUUGUGCUAAGCUGCAAAAGGAUGUACUUUAUGUAGAUGUGUUGAAGAUUGAGACUACAACAAAAUUAUCAUCUGUGUCAGGUAAUAAAUUCUAUGUAUCUGUUAUGCCUAAAAGUUCCAUAGUUUAAAUUGUUGAUUCUGCUUGGAAUUAGUUGGUACCUAUGAAUCAUAUCCUAAUUUACAUAGUGAUUGACCUUUAGACAUCUUAUGCCUCAUUUCUUUUAAGAAUGUUGAGUGCAUGUUUGCUUCCACGUUGCCGUGGAGUUGAAUGUGCGGUUGGUAAACUCUACAAGACAUAGCAUUUAUCCAGUUUUACAGUAUACCAAACACACUUUGAGUUCGUCGAAGCUCAGUGAGAAACAAAACCAGUAGUAAUGUAUCAUAUGGAUUUUUGACGAUAUCACUUUUAUGCCCUUGCUAGAAGUUUGAAGAUUCCUUUGAAUUGUUAAACCAGAAUCAUAACAUUCUGUUCAGCUUUGCUAGUGCUAUAAUUAAUUCAUAUUUUGAUGUUUAAAACACAGUGUAGUGCCAAUGGUACUUUAUUCUAGAAUUUCAUUUUACCUGUAGUCUAAUAACAUGAUUAUGUAAAGUAGUGGAUUUUUGUUAGAGUUGCUGCAAACAUUGUGCUGUAAGUGUGAAGAUACAUGCUUAUUUGAAACAUAUACAUCACUAACCAAAUUACAAACAAGAUAGUUAUGGGCUCAAGGGUAUACAAUGCACAUGUAUUUUGGUGCAUGUAUUAUACUGACAGAUGGGAUACAAUGGAUGGUAGUGUUUAUAUAUUGUGAUUUAUUUGCUUUACUUCACAAUGGAUGGUGUGUUUAUAUAUUGUCAUUUACACACAUGUCCACUUUAUUAAAAUGAACUUUUGGAAGGAACAAUUGGAACACAAUACACAAGAAGAAGAAGAUGAUGAUACAUUUGAAGAAUCCUAUAUUUUGGCUGCACUACUUGGUGAGUAUGCAACAAAAUAUUUAUGCAAAGAGCCAUGUAGAACUAGUGAGCUCACAGGUCAUGCAUGGGUUCAAGAAAUAUUGCAAGGGAAUCCCACUCGUUGUUAUGAGAUGUUUCGAAUGGAAAAACAUAUUUUUCAUAAACUUUGCCAUGAAUUGGUGGAACAUGAUUUAAAGUCUUCUAAACAUAUGGGGGUUGAAGAAAUGGUUGCAAUGUUUUUGGUCGUUGUAGGCCACGGUGUCGGUAAUAGAAUGAUUCAAGAAAGAUUUCAACAUUCGGGUGAGACUGUAAGUAGACAUUUUCAUCGUGUACUUCAUGCAUGCCUUAAGUUGUCCUUCAAAUAUAUUAAACCCGAAGAUCCUAUGUUUUGUGAAUGUCAUGCCAAAAUUAAAAAUGAUCAACGUUAUUGGCCUUUUUUUAAGAAUGCUAUAGGAGUAAUUGAUGGUACACAUGUGUCAUGUGUAGUUAGUGCUAGUGAGCAACCAAGGUUUAUUGGAAGAAAAGGAUAUCCAACACAAAAUAUUAUGGCUGUAUGUGAUUGGAAUAUGUGUUUCACUUUUGUAUUAGCUGGUUGGGAAGGCACUGCCCAUGAUGCCCGUGUUUUUGACAAAGCUCUUACUACUGCUAACCUUAACUUUCCGCAUCCUCCUCAAGGUAAGUAUUAUUUGGUAGAUUCUGGUUAUCCAACACCAAUAGGGUACAUUGGUCCAUAUAGAUGUGAACGUUAUCAUCUUCCUGAAUUUAGACGUUCAAGUGGGUUCGAAAAUCAUAAUGAAGUAUUCAAUUACUAUCACUCAAGUUUAAGAUGCACAAUUGAAAGAACUUUUGGGGUAUGGAAGAAUAGAUUUGCAAUUCUACGUAGCAUGCCUAAGUUCAAAUAUGAGACACAAGUUCAUAUAGUUGUCGCAACAAUGGCAAUACACAACUUUAUUAGAAGGAGUGCUGAAAUGGAUGUUGAUUUUAAUCUUUAUGAAGAUGAAAAUACAGUCAUUCACCAUGAUGAUGAUCAUAGAUCAACUAACUUGAAUCAAUCCCAAAGUUUUAAUGUAGCUUCUUCUUCAGAGAUGGAUCAUGCUCGAAACUCAAUCCGCGAUCAAAUUAUAGCGUAUAAGCUAAAUAAUUAAAAAUGUAAUAAUUUUCAAUAUUAUAUUGCACUUGAACUUAUAUUAUCUAUUAUCUAUCUAUUUGUAAUAUAUUUUAGUUUACAA